AUCUACAAUACGGACACACUAAUCUCCGAGAAACGUAAGAAAAAUGGCAGAUAUCAUGAACAGAAAACUACAAUUAACCACUCAAUAUUCAAUGCCCUCUUGCCCCUUCUACCUUUUUUCACCCAGAAAAAGUUUCACCAUUUUCACAAUUAACCCUUUCCCUUUUAUUAAUUUUUAUUAUCUUUUUUAUUUAAUUUUUUUUGUUUGGGUUGCUUCUUUACCAAAUUCCAUUACCAGACAGGGGAGGUGGAGAGAGAAAGUGAGAAGGGGUUAGACAUGAUAAAAACCCUGAUUUUGAUCAGAUCUAUCCAUUGCAAUACUCUAUUUUGAUGGUCUGAAAAUUCAAUUUAAUUUAAUUCUAAAAAACAAAAAAAAAUUCAUUAAAAAGAUUUAAUUUUUUUGAUUUCAAUGGCAAGUGCUUCUGUGAAGAUGAAGCCCAUCAACAGGAAUCAAGCUGGGCCUUCAUCUUCUUCAAGCAAACCCAUUUUAAAGAAAAAGAUUGAACCUUCAAAAUCUGUUGCUGAUUCCAAGUUUAAUAAGUCUGUCCCAGUAAAAACUGCAAAACCUGAGGAGAAAGGGAAAGCAGUUGUACCUGCAACACCUGUUAAGAAGAAAAGGGAGAAGAAGGUUUUCAGUUUGACAGGACAGAAAUAUGACCCUCCAGAGGAGAGAGAGCCCCUGAGGAUAUUCUAUGAAUCGUUGUCAAAACAGAUACCAAGUAGCGAAAUGGCGGAAUUCUGGUUGAUGGAACAUGGUUUAUUGUCUCCUGAAAGAGCCAAAAAGGCCUUUGAGAGGAAGCAACGAAAGCAGAAACAACUUAAGAUGGGAACUCCUAUAAAAUCAACGCCUGCACCUAGUAGACCAGAAAGUUCAAAUAGACAAAAGCUUGUAUCUAAGAACGGUGAUAUGAAGGCCAAGAAAAAAAUUGUUGAAGACAGUGAUGACGAAGUCAUUGGGAAUGCUAAAAGAAGGAGAGCAUAAAAUAUGGUACCUCCGCACUCCAUAGCAAAAUGAAUUUGUAGAACAUUCCAUAAGGUUAGUUUCCUUCUCAUUCAAAUACUGAACAAUACCAUAGCAAAAGUGCAUUGUAACAAUCUUAUAGGAUAUAAGUUAAAGUCCUUUUUUCACUGAUAUACAUUGUCAGAUUCAAGAAUAAAGGAAUAAAAUACAAGUUUCCUUUUAUACAGCUCAACUGUGUUAUUGAUUUCAGUGGUUCUACUUAUCUGACUGCUAGUUUCUCUUCAGAAUUAUUUGAAGCGUCCUCUUUGUGCUUAAUCUCAAAACAUCUUUCUUGUUGAGAUAUUAUAUCAAAGUUUCAUUUAGCAAUUUCAGCAUACUGGUAUUUUUUAUUGAAACUCUUACCUGUAGUUGGUUAUUGAAUGCUCAUGGGCCAUCUGAAUGCAUGCUAAUAACGAGCGGUUCCCGGUAUAUUUUUAACUAUAUCAGUCUUUAAUUCACCCACAGACCCAAAAAAUUAAAAAUCAGAAGAGGAGAAAUCUAGCAAUUCCAUGUGCAUUUGCAUUUAUAGUAAGGUCAGUAAAAUGUCUCCAUGAUGGUCCCUGUAUGGGCCUUUUUAAGGGAAAAACAUGAUUCCUGUGCCCUACAAUGCCUUAAUUUAGAUGGGUGGUUUCCAUUAUCAGAUUUUCAGAAAAAUUCUUGAAAAUCAACUUUUCUCUUUUACAUUUCUAUUAAUUGUCCUACAAUUGAUGUGUACUUGUGUCACAUGAUCAUCAUGUGGACGGAGCAGCGAGGAUCGCGAAAACAAUGAAAAAUAUCUGUCUCAGGUGGUGAUUAUUUAUGAGUUGUGAUGAUUUAUUGAUUCACUGUUAUAUUCCAUCCAUGGCAGCAAAGUUUAUGAACAAUUUUUAAGUCAUGUGGUUUAAUUGCAGCCAUUCAGGAGGAACAGGAAGUCUAAGGUGAUUGUGACAUUUAAGAUUUUGUCCAAGUUAAAAAAAUAUAUGGACUUUGACUACUGUUACCUUGUUUGUUAAAAGCUGCAAUUUGUGCUUUUGACAAAAUGAUUCUUUUAGAUUUUUUCACCUAGUUAUAACAAAAUUAUAUGUUCAGAUGAAUAAAGGUUACUCAACUUCAAUUUACAGCUGAAAUAGGCUCUGAUAAGUAUAAAGUGUGUGUUCUUUUGGAAAAAAAAAAAAAAAA